AUGGCCAAGGGACAGGGCAAGAGGCAGCGCAACAGAGGCCAGCAGGCCAAGAUGCUGCAGGCCGUCCUCGUUGGCGCGGCCAUGGGGUCCACCACGGCGUUCGUUCCUUCCGUGAGACCAAACCUCGGCUCCGCCGCCGCCGCGACCUCCUCGGUGGCACCCGGCGCCGCCACCGUGCGAGCCAUGGACAGCUGGGCCAAGGUGGCCGCCCCGCGCAGGAGCUCGAGGUCGAGGGCGGUGGAGGCCCACGGCCUGCAGAUGGUCUCGGCGGGGAUCGAGAAGGGUAUGUUCACGACGUCCAACCCGGACGACCGGCGGGUGCUGCCCGAGACGAGGGAUGGCAAGGCCUACUUCAAGGUGACGUACGUGGUGCUGGAGUCCCAGUACCAGAGCUCCCUGACGAAGGCGUGCCAGCGCAUCAACGAGAGCCGCGACGACGUUUGCGUGGAGUGCGUGGGCUACCUGCUCGAGGAGCUCCGCGACCCCAAGAACGUGGCCGCCUUCAAGAAGGACGUGGAGUCCUCCAACAUCUUCAUCGGGUCCCUCAUCUUCGUGCAGGAGCUCGCCGAGGAGGUGCAGAAGGUGGUGGAGCCCCUGCGGGACCAGCUGGACGCUGUGGUUGUGUUCCCUUCCAUGCCCGAGGUCAUGCGCCUCAACAAGGUCGGGUCCUUCACCAUGCAGAACCUCGGACAGAGCAAGUCGGUCGUGUCGGACUUCAUGAAGAAGAAGAAGAAGGAGGACGGGUCUUCGUUCGAGGAGGGCAUGCUCAAGCUCCUCCGCACCCUCCCCAAGGUGCUCAAGUACCUGCCUUCGGACAAGGCCAAGGACGCCCGGAACUUCAUGAUGUCCUUCCAGUACUGGCUGGGUGGCUCCCCCGAGAACGUGGAGAGCCUGCUGCUGACCCUGGCCAAAUCCUACGUGCCGGAGGUGAGGGAGAUGGACACCGUCAAGGAGAAGGAUAUCGCCGAGCCCGUGCUCCUCCCCGACAAGGGCAUCUGGCACCCCGUCGCGGACAAGGUGUUCGAGAACGCCGACGAGUACCUCUCCUGGUACAACAAGGAACACGCCCCGGCGGCCGGGAUCAAGCCCGAGGCCCCCGUGGUCGGCCUGGUGCUGCAGAAGAGCCACAUCAAUACCAAGGACGAGUGCCACUACGUCGCUCUCGUCGCCGAACUCGAGGCUCGCGGCGCAAAGGUGAUGACUCUCUACACCGGUGGGCUGGACUUCUCCGGCCCCGUGGAGGAGUACUUCAUCUCCAACGGCAAGUCCGUCGUCGACACCUGCAUCAACCUGACCGGAUUCGCGCUCGUCGGGGGGCCCGCCAGCCAGGACCACGCCAAGGCGGUGUCCACGCUGGAGAAGCUCAACGUGCCGUACCUGUGCACCGUGCCUCUGGUGUUCCAGUCGUUCGAGGAGUGGCAGGCGUCCGAGCUCGGCCUGCACCCCAUCCAAGUCGCCCUGCAGGUGUCUCUCCCUGAGAUCGACGGAGCCAUCGAGCCGAUCAUCUACGCCGGGCGCGAGGGCGCCACCGGGCGCUCGGUCCCCCUCUCGGACCGCGUGCAGCUCGUUGCUGACCGUGCCCUCAAGUGGGCCAACCUCCGAGCCAAGAAGAACGCGGAGAAGAAGCUGGCCGUGACAAUCUUCAGCUUCCCCCCGGACAAGGGCAACGUCGGCACCGCCGCCUACCUUGACGUCUUCGGCUCUAUCCACACCGUGCUCUCCAAGCUCAAGAAGGAAGGGUACGACGUCGGAGACCUGCCCGACGACUCGCGUGCUCUGAUGGAGCGAAUCCUCAACGACCCGGAGGCCAGGAUCGACUCCCCCGAGAUGAACGUUGAGUACCGCAUGUCGGUCCAGGAGUACGAGGAGCUCACCCCCUACGCCGGGGACCUCGUCGAGAACUGGGGCAAGGCUCCCGGCCACCUAAACUCGGACGGCCAAAACCUCCUCGUGUUCGGGUGCAAGUUCGGGAACGUCUUCAUUGGCGUCCAGCCCACCUUCGGAUACGAGGGCGACCCGAUGCGUCUCCUCUUCUCCAAGUCCGCCUCCCCCCACCACGGGUUCGCGGCGUACUACACGUACCUCGAGAAGAUCUUCAAGGCGGACGCGGUCCUCCACUUCGGCACCCACGGUUCCCUCGAGUUCAUGCCCGGCAAGCAGGUCGGCAUGUCCGGCGCGUGCUACCCGGACCGCCUGAUCAACUCCAUCCCCAACAUCUACUACUACGCGGCGAACAACCCUUCGGAGGCCACCAUCGCCAAGCGUCGCUCGUACGCCGCGACCAUCUCGUACCUCACCCCACCUGCCGAGAACGCUGGUCUCUACAAGGGCCUCAAGGAGCUGAACGAGCUGGUGUCUUCGUACCAAGGCCUCCGCGACAACGGUGCUCGCGGCCCUUCCAUCGUCAGCGCUUCCAUCGCGUGCGCCCGAACGUGCAACCUUGACAAGGACAUCAAGGACCUCCCCUCUGACGACACCGACACCAAGUUGAUGACCAUCGAGGAGCGCGACAACAUCAUCGGCAAGAUCUACCGCCGCCUCAUGGAGAUCGAGUCCCGCCUGCUCCCCUGCGGCCUCCACACCGUCGGCGUUCCCCCCACGUCGGCGGAGGCGGUGGCCACCUUGGUCAACAUCGCGUCGCUCGACCGCCCGGAGGACGGCAUCAAGUCGCUGCCUCGCAUCGCCGCGGAGUCGAUGGGGCGCGAGAUCGGGGAGAUUUACACGAACGCCGACAACGGAGACCUCGACGACGUUCAGCUCCUGCAGCAGGUGACCGAGGCGUGCCGCGCGGCCGUGCUGGCGUGCGUCGAGCGUUCGACGAACUCGGAGGGACGCAUCGUGGAGGUCAACCCCUUCGCCGACUUCUUCAGCAAGGCUGUCUCCGGUGGCAGCAGCCCGAUGAAGGCCGCCCUCGAGCAGUUCGGCUUCAAGGGGUGCAAGGACGCUGACCUGGAGCCCGUGUUCACUUACCUCGAGUUCUGCCUCAAGCAGGUGGUCGCCGACAACGAGCUCGGCGGACUCCUCGGCGCUCUGAACGGCGAGUACAUCCCCCCGGGCCCCGGCGGCGACCCCAUCCGCAACCCCGACGUGCUCCCGACCGGCAAGAACAUGCACGCUCUCGACCCCCAGUCUAUCCCGACCAAGGCGGCCGUGGACUGCGCAAUGGUGGUCGUGGACCGCCUCCUGGAGAGGCUCUCGGCGGAGCAGGACGGCGAGUACCCGGAGACGGUGGCGUUCACCCUGUGGGGCACGGACAACAUCAAGACCUACGGAGAGUCGCUCGCCCAGGUGCUCUGCCUCGCCGGUGUCAGGCCCAUCGCCGACUCCAUCGGCCGCGUGAACAAGCUGGAGCUCAUCCCGCUUGAGGAGCUCGGCCGUCCCCGCGUGGACGUGGUGGUGUCAUGCUCCGGCGUGUUCCGCGAUCUCUUCAUCAACCAGAUGAACUUGCUCGACAGAGGAAUCAAGAUGGCUGCCGAGGCCGACGAGCCCGCAGACAUGAACUUCGUCCGCAAGCACGCCCUCGAGCAGGCGGAGGAGUUCGGCCUCUCCGUCCGCGACGCCGCCACCCGCGUCUUCUCCAACGCGGCGGGGUCCUACUCGGCCAACGUCGGCCUGGCGAUCGAGAACGGUGGCUGGGAGGGCGAGGAGCAGCUGCAGGAGCAGUUCGUGGGCCGCAAGGGCUUCGCUUUCAACGCCGACAAGCCCGGCAUGAUGGAGCAGCAGACGGACAAGUUCAAGAUGGCGCUCAAGACGGUGGACGUCACCUUCCAGAACCUGGACUCUUCGGAGAUCUCGCUCACCGACGUGAGCCACUACUACGACUCGGACCCGACCAAGGUCGUGUCCAGCCUCCGCGACGACAAGAAGAAGCCGUCGUCCUUCAUGGCCGACACCACCACCGCCAACGCGCAGGUGCGGACGCUGUCGGAGACGGUCCGCCUGGACGCGCGCACCAAGCUCCUCAACCCCAAGUUCUACGAGGGCAUGCUCGCCUCCGGGUACGAGGGGACCAGGGAGAUCACCAAGCGCCUGCGGAACACCAUGGGCUGGGCGGCGACGGCGGGCGAGGUGGACAACUUCAUCUUCGAGGACGCCAACGACGUGUUCAUCAAGGACGAGGAAAUGAGGGACCGCCUCAUGAACCUCAACCCCAACGCGUUCCGGGACACGGUGACCACGUUCUUGGAGGCGAACGGGCGAGGUUACUGGGAGACCUCGGAAGAGAACAUCGAGCUCCUCCAGGACUUGUACCAGGAGGUUGAGGACAAGAUCGAGGGCGUGUAG